GCUAGUUAGCGUAACCUUGUUAAAAUGGGUCGGUGUUUAUAUUUUACAACACUUAUACUUUCAGUUUCAUGUCAGCUGAUUCCAUUGUGUCACUCUUUCGAAUGGGACAAACAAUCUGGUCCCCUGCAAAAUGUGCGGUCCAUCAUCACAAGUUUUUCGGAGGAAGCACACAGUUACCUAGUCUCUACAGUCGGCGAAAAAAGAAUCAAUCUGUGUCUCAAGUUUCUACAAAGUGGUGUGAAGUGGCUAUCAGAUGCAGUGGCUUCAGCUCUUAACAUGGUCAUCCAGUUUGUCACAGAAAUCUUGGAAUCAGCAGGAAUGCACGCCAAGCAACCUUUCCAAAAAGUUACUCCGGAGGGAGUGAUUUUUGUCACUCAGUGGGCCCUUCUGGCUGUUGUGGCCUACAUGAUAAUAUCCUUCAUCCUUCGCUUGGUUGUCGGUGCUGUGAGGCAGGCUAUGUGGCUGCUGAAAGUCACCUUUGCCAUUGGCAUGUUUGCAUUGAUUCUCAGGGACACUGGAGCCUCUGCAGAAACCACAGCGAUGAGAUUAGCAGGCCUGGCGUGUGUUUGUGUCCUUUUAGGAAUAGGUGCAACAUCUGCAAAGCCAGAUCCGCACCUCGAAAACAAAAUCAAGAUGCUGGAGAGACGACUGAGAGAGAUGGAGAAAAGCAAAAUGGAAUGAUUAUGGAAUCCCUCACCAGACCAGAUGUAACUUUAAUUUCCAUUUCUCUUUGCCACAGUUGUAAAUCCAAGGAUAUAAUCCAGCAUGUUAUUGGGACUUGAUACCCCCUAAACUUGGAGGUUGCGUUGAUAUUUCAAGAGUUAGCUAAAAGAAUAUUGAUUCUCAAGGAAACUGGUCCUGGCAUUUAAAGGCCCAUUAACAAAAAGUUGGUCGUUGGAUUUUGACGCACGUCAAAACACUGAUUGAACAUGUGGUCAGGUGAAAAUAAACCCUGACCAAAGCAGACAGGAACAAAACCGAAUAAAUAAAUAUACGUGUUUGUUGGCGUUUGUCUGUGUGGUGUGAAUUGGCCUCAAGGGUUUAAAUUGUUAACAAAUAAUGAAUGCUCAAAUAAUGAAUGUCUUCACGCUACAUUAAAUAAUCUUGUUUUUGUUGCUUUGUAAAUUAUUCAGGGAUGUGAUGGACAGGGCAACAUUACAAAAUGUAUUUAAUCAGUUCAUUAUAAUAAAUUUAACAAAACCUGUUCAAUAAAUUAAUUCUCCUUGAGAACAAUCCA